CUUGACUAUUUCAAAUUAUCCUAAAUUUUAGCGGCGAGUUUAUCUGUCGUCAGUAUGACGGCUGACAUCGUUUUCAUCUCUUCAGACGAAGAAGACGACGGAGAUCACCUAUCAAAUUUGAUUCUAGAAGAACAAUUAGAUCCUGUUUCAACAAUCUCCGACGACAACGCCAUCGUCGUCGGCGGCGAUGAAGUAAUAAAUAUCGACGAUGAAGAUUAUGUUGUUGUGAUUUCCGACGACGAAGACGGAGACGGCGAUGGUGAACGAGAAUCUGAUGAACAAGUAGCAGAUGCUCUACCCGAUGUAUUCGAUUGUGUUCUUCAAGGAAGUAAGGCUUUACAGGAGUUAAGUCUUUACGAGUGUGAAUCGUACUUGCGGAAGCAUGGAAUUAGGGUAUCUGGGACCAAAGAGGAAUGCAUACAGCGAAUCGAAGAACAUAAGAGGUUAAAAGAUGGACAUGGUGAAUCACUAUAUCCCAUAUCAUCAUUUUACAUCAACUGCACAGGGGAUGCAUGUAGAGGAGAUGUUGUGUUGUUCAAGCAACACAUAAAGAAGGGAUUAAAUAUAGUGGGUAAAAGAACUGUUACAGGGAGGAUACUUGAAGAAAGUUAUGGUGAAUUAGACCAACAGCAUACAUUCUCGGUUGAAGUUUUAUGGAGCAAGCCAUACAAAAAACUCAACCCCCUUUCCAUUUUGCUGGUGAAGGGGCGCCAUCUUUACGGGCUUAAGACAUUGAGACAGCCUUGGAAGAACGAGGCAGAAAGAUUAGAAGUGCUUGCAGAGAAACACUGUCGUGGGGAUGCAGCUAGGCUUAAACGGAAAUUGAGGCAGACGGAGUUUGGUUGCAAUAACUAUAAAGGUGCUAAACGUCAAAAGUUAUCACAUAUAGUAUCAUCUCAAUGUAAAGAGCCUAUUCAAAUGGACAAACAGAAGUCUGCCAAGAAAGGGGCUGCAGCCACUUCAAAGGAGAGUACUUCAGCUCAUGAGAGGAAGGGUGCUAAAUGUCAAGAGAUAUCACAUAUAGUAUUAUCUCAAUGUAAACAGUCUAUUCAAAUAGACAAACAGAAGUCUGCCAAGAAAGGGGCCGCGACCACUUCAAAGGAGAGUUCUUUGGCUCAUGAGAGGAAGGAUGCUAAACGUCAAAAGGUAUCACAUAUAGUAUCAUCUCAAUGUAAAGAGCCUAUUCAAAUAGACAAACAGAAGUCUGCCAAGAAAGGGGCCGCAGCCACUCCAAAGGAGAGUACUUCGGCUCAUGAGAGGAAGGCUGUACCUGAACGGCUCCAAAAGUUGAAAUUCAAAAAGGCAGCACAACUAACCUUUCCCUUUGAUGCGGAGCCGAAUCUAAAACGAAAGCGAAAACGAAAACAAAGCCUGAACCCGAACCUUAACGUACAAUCUGAUUAUCACCUACAAGAAGUGUCAUCAUCCUUCCCCAAUGAUAAAAGUUACCAUGAUCACAACGAUGAACAACGCAUUCUCAGGUUUAGAUCACUUUAUGCUAGAUCAUCAUUUUCCAUCAACUGCAUGGGUGAUGCGUGCAUAGGGGAUGUUGUGUUGUUCAAUAAAAACAAAAUCAAGAGAAAAAAAACAACGGGAACGAAAGCAAUUGUUGCUGGAAGGAUAGUUGGGGAAAAUUAUGGUGCUUCAGAAAAACAAGAUACAUUCAUGAUUGAGGUGCUGUGGACCGAGGGAUACCUAAAACUCUCUCCACUUUCGACUUUGCAAGUGAAAGCUUGGGAUCUCUAUAGGCCUGAGACGUUCAGACAGCCGUGGAAGGAUGAACAGAAAAGAUCGGAAGUGCUUAGAAGGAAACACAGUCUUGUUGAAGCAGCUCGGCAUAAUUGUACGUUGAGGAAGAAAUGCAUUGCUUCCAUUGACAAUAAAGCUGUAAAAUGUCAAAAGGUUUCCCAUAAAGGACUGUCUCAAAGUAAACAAUCAACUCAAACUGAUAAACAGAAGUAUGCCAAGAAACUCGGUGCAGCCAUUGUAAAGAAGAGUACAACUCACAAGAGGAAGGCUGUAGGAUCUCAAAAGACAGAAUUGGAAAGAGCAGCACAACUGACCUUUUACUCUGAUCCAACCCCAAUCUCAAACCCAAACCAAAACCCAACACCAAAUCCAAUUUUAAAGCCGAAUUCUACACCAAACCCCAGACCAAAGCGGAACUCAAACCCAAAGACAACGCUGAAACUCAAACCCAAACCAAAACCCAACGCCAAAUCCAAUUUCACACUAAGCCCAAAUUCAAACCGAAAUACAAGCCCAAACCCAACAUCAAACCCACACUCAAGCCCAAACUUAAACCAUCACAUGUCUUCUGAUUGUCACCUACAAGAAGCAUCUCCUCCGGCAACAUUUUUCUAUCACUCUGACAGAACUUCGUUGCCUAGUCAGCCAGCUCCAGGGUUUUCUUUCAAUCAACCACACUCCAUGUUCUUGCACGAUCAGCUACAACACGGGUUUUCAUAUAACCAGCCACCCUGUGGGUUUUCGUAUAACCUGCCACCCUAUGGGUUUUCGUAUAACCUGCCACCCUAUGGGUUUUUGCUGCAUAACCAGCCACCCUUAGGGUUUUUGUUGCAUAACCAGCCACCCUUUGGGUUACCCUUUCAGUUCCCAGGUUACGUUCAACAAUGGGUACAAAAUGAUGUUUGCCAUGAGCCACCUGGCCACUACUCUCUAUGAUUUCAGAUGGUCAACUUGUCAAAGGCGGAUCAUCUCUUGAUUAGCAACUGCCUUGCUAUGUGCAUACUAUUCUUUUACAAUUGCUUUCUUUUAUGUAUAUCAUUCAUUUGUUGCGAACGCAUUGUAAUCAUUUGUUGACCCUUGAGGUUCAUUAUAAAUACAAAGCAAAUGCUUCAACGUU